AUGCCUGCCAUUGGAAUCGAGUCUCGUGUCAACGGAGCGCCGCCUUCUGUUUACUCGGUCGUCAAACGAGGAAACUGGGCGGAUAGGAAUCGAGGAGUGGUGCUUGUAUUCUGCAUCGUGUUUCUUGUUGUUGUUGUUGGUGUCAUUGCAUUGUUUGCGUAUCGACGGAUGUUGAAACGGAAGGCCGACAAGGAGUCCUAUGAAACGACCAGCGAUUAA